AAGCGAAGUUGCUGCAUCUUUUUGGAAGGCUACAUGCUUUCUUUCGACAUCCAAAGGUCGCAUGGUGUCAGGGACGCGCCUAGUCACGGGAACAAUCCGGGGCGCGUUCAUGAGCUGCAGGAUCGCGCUUCAACAGUGAACAGUAUCAAAGAGCGUGCGGGGAUUCAGCCCAAUGGUUUACAUUGGGUCACAACAAGCAGUCAAUGUGUGUGUAUGUGUGGGGUUUUUUUUUUACCUCGUCGCUCGGGCUUUUGCUUUGCAACCCUUGUCUAUUUUGCACGGGAGGAAACUGACAUAGCAAACUCAUCUGUAUGAUCGGGCAGCAGGAGCUCACAGUAUGGUCCGGGAAACCAGACAUUUAUGGGUGGGAAAUUUACCCGAAAAUGUACGAGAGGAGAAAAUCAUUGAGCACUUCAAGCGAUAUGGACGUGUGGAGAGUGUCAAGGUCCUGCCCAAGCGGGGUUCAGAGGGUGGAGUCGCAGCCUUUGUGGAUUUUGUGGACAUCAAAAGUGCUCAGAAGGCUCACAAUGCUAUCAACAAGAUGGGGGACAGAGACCUGCGCACUGAUUACAAUGAACCAGGCACAAUACCUAGUGCCGCAAGGGGGCUGGACGAUAGCCUGUCCUUAGGCUCUCGUGCCCGGGAUGUAUCAGGGUUCACAAGGGCGGCAGGGGGGGCCAUAUAUGUCCCCCCCACGUCGCUCCACAGCAGAGAGGGACGCUAUGAACGCAGACUAGACGGGACCGCCGAAAGCCGGGAACGGACGUAUGAUCACAGCGCUUACGGACACCACGAGCGCCCUGGUAGCAGUUUCGAGCGCCAGCGGCACUACGAGACAGACUAUUAUCGCGACGCAAGAGAGAGGACUCUAAGCACAGCAGGGAGCGGGUCUGGCACCUCCAGUGGAAGUGGUACAACAGUGUCGUCAGGAGUCGCUGGAACUAUCGUUAGUGCUGUUGCUGGCAACACAGGAGCAAGUGGUUCAACAGGGGCCACAACGGGAGGAAGUGGAGGAUCAUCAUCCAGUGGGGUUGGCUUCUACCGGUCCCACAGCAGGAGCCCGUGUCGCUUUGAGACACCCGAGUCUCGCUAUGAGUCUCGCACCAGGGAACCCUUUACUUUGGCCAGUGUGGUUCACAGGGAUCUUUACCGGGAGGACAGGGGCCGGCGUGGGGAGCGCUCGUACCGCCACAGUCGCAGCCGGUCCCCGCACUCGACACAUUCUCGAAAUCCCUCUCCUCAGAGACUUGCAAGUCAGGCUACUCGUCCUCCACGCUCCCACAGCGGGUCUGGCUCUCGGAGCCGCUCCUCGAGUUCAGACUCGGUCAGCAGCACCAGCAGCAGUACAAGUGGCAGUGAUUCCAGCAGUAGUUCGAGCGAUGACUCUCCGGCACGUUCAGUGCAGUCUGCUGCUGUUCCCGCACCCUCAGCACUUCCUCUAUCCUCCCUUGACAAGGAUGAACCGCGUAAAAGCUUUGGUAUAAAGGUCCAAAAUCUUCCCGUACGCUCCACAGAUACGAGCCUGAAGGAUGGUUUGUUCCAUGAAUUCAAGAAACAUGGAAAAGUCACAUCUGUUCAAAUCCACGGAGCUUCAGAGGACCGCUAUGGGCUUGUAUUUUUCCGCCAGCAAGAAGACCAAGAGAAAGCUCUUGGAGCAUCAAAGGGGAAGCUUUUUUUUGGCAUGCAAAUUGAUGUCACGGCCUGGAAUGGACCAGAGACAGAAAGUGAGAAUGAGUUUCGACCCUUGGAUGAGAGGAUAGACGAGUUUCAUCCAAAGGCCACACGGACAUUAUUCAUUGGAAAUCUGGAGAAGACCACCACAUACCAUGACCUGCUUAACAUCUUCCAGCGCUUUGGAGAAAUAGUGGAUAUUGACAUCAAGAAAGUAAACGGAGCCCCGCAGUAUGCAUUUCUACAAUACUGUGACAUUGCCAGUGUCUGCAAGGCCAUAAAGAAGAUGGAUGGCGAGUACCUUGGUAACAACAGACUAAAGCUGGGCUUUGGAAAGAGUAUGCCCACGACAUGUGUUUGGUUGGAUGGAUUAGCAUCGAAUACAACUGAGCAGUUCCUUACCCGACAUUUCUGCCGCUACGGACAUGUUGUCAAGGUUGUAUUUGACAGAAUGAAAGGAAUGGCCCUCAUCUUGUAUAAUAACAUUGAAUGUGCCCAAGCAGCUGUCAAAGACACAAAGGGCUGGAAGAUAGGCGGCAGUAAAAUCAAGGUGGACUUUGCCAAUCAGGAAAGUCAGAUGGCUUUCUACCGUUCAAUGCAGUCAUCUGGCCAGGAUAUUCGAGACUUUUACGACAUUCUCUCGGAAAGAAGGGAAGACCGACAAACUCAAUACGAAUUUCAAGCAGAAAGACAAUAUUAUGAAAACGUACGAACACCAGGAACAUAUACUGAAGAUCCACGUCGAAAGUACACUGCUAGAAGUCGAGAGUUCUACGCUGAAUGGGACCCAUAUCAGGGAGAUUACUAUGAUCCACAAUACUUUGAAGAUCCACGGGAGUAUCGGGAAUACAGAGCUGACCCUUAUGAGCAGGACAUUCGCAAAUACAGCUAUCUGCAACGGGAACGGGAAAGAGAAAGGGAGCGCUUUGAAACAGAUCGUGGGCGUGAUCAUGGUAGAAGGACCAUCGAGCGAAGCCAAAGCCCGUCUCACAUUGCCACUCGUCGUCCUGCUAGCCCCACUGCAUCUCCUUCACUCUCGGAGAGGAUACUAAGUGAUUCAGACCGGCGUGUUCAUUGUCGAUCUUCUGAUAGGAGUGGUAGCUGCAGUUCAAUCUCUCCACCCAGAUUUGAAAAACUUGAAAAAUCUCGCUCUGAAAGGUAUAAUAAAUCUGAUAAACUUGAGAAGGAUCGACUUUUUGAUUUUGAAAGAGGGAAUUUGGUUGAUAAGGAGAAGCGGGCUGGAUGUAAGGAUCGAGGGGACAAGGACAAAAGUGAAAAACAGAGGGUUAAGAAGCUCAAAGUUGCAUCACCUAUUAUCCAAGUAUGUGAGACUGAACCUGAGACUGAAAGAGAUGUUAGCCCUGAGUCUGUCCUACGAAGUAAAGCCAGUAAGAUUCCAAAGGAAAGCUCAAGUAAAGGAAGGUUAGACCUUCUGCCUUGUGUUGUGCAGUUAACACGUGUCAAAGAAAAAGAAGGAAAAUUAAUUGGUCAUGCUGUCCAAGAAAAACUAAAUCAGAGGAGUGGCAAUGACAGUCCUAGAUUGGCAUCACCUUCAGCUGACCAGAGGAGUCCUCCAUUCCGCUCAGAGCCAUCAAAAGGUGACACCUCUAAACAUGGGAAGGUGCCCAGAGACAAAAUUAUGCACAGCUUAGUGGAAGUUAUUGACAAGGAUCCUAAAAUAAAAUCUAGAAAACAUGGGAAAUCUGAAAUGGGAUCUGACAACAGUAUUUCCGUGGAUAUUGACCGUUUAGCUGCAAGGAAAAGGCGCUUUGAAGAUUCUGGUAAAACUGAUCGACAAAAGAGAACUAGUGACGAUGACUUUGGCAGACCUGGAUAUCAUAAAUUGUGGAACAAUGCCAAGGAGCCAGAUAUGGAUAAGAACCUUCUGAUAAAAGGGAUGCAUAAAAAGGAGAACCACAAGGAUAAAUGUAUACGGGUGGUCACAGUUAACAGCCCUAAAGAUGGACAAGACUGUGAAAGCAACUCUGGAGGCCUUUCUGUGGAGCGGCAGUCAAGGUUAGGUGAGAUGUCUGAAGAUUCUGCAGACCAAUUAUUAGAGUCUGCCUGUCCAAAAAUGGAUUUAGUGGGCUCAAAAAGUGAAAACAGCUUAAGUCUCACAAAGACAUCAGAUGGCAGCAGUCUGGAUUUGGAUCAGUUCAGAGAACAACAGAAUCAAGGUUUGUUUGAAAAUGAACCAGGGAGAAGGAAGUGCAGAGACUCUGAUGAUGGAGAUGAACACUUUGUGCACAUUGACCAGACUGAUAUUUGUACAAAUCCAAUUGAACAGAGUCAGUGGCUUCGACCCAAGCUUGGCGAACCUGAUGAAGUCAAGUUCGAAACCCCCCCAAGUAAUGACACUCAUGACUUUGAAAAGGAUUAUGUCAUACAUGAUGUUGGAAAACCAACUCAGGACUUGUCCCACGACCUCUCUUCCUGUAUACGAAAGAAAAUGGAGAAUUUUGAUGUUGAAAUUAUGACUGCAAAAAGUGAGCGGAAUUUUUCAAGUGUGCAAAAGUUGAAUGAAGUUAUUUAUCAAAGUAUGACAUCCUCAAUUGGGACUGGGCACUUACUUGCAAAUGAGCCUGAUGAAGCCGCCCCAAAUUCGGUGUCACUGAAUAAGAAAGAAAGAAAAUCCUCCCCAACAGCAGAUGAAAAAUGUUCACACACAGAAUCAAUAAAAAACAGCUUGGGCUUGACAGGCAGGCGUUUUCAGUCCUCUGACACUGAGCUCCCAAAACUUAAGGCAACCUUGCUUGGAUGUGAUGAGGAGUUUAUGCAUCGUUGGGAAAGAAGAAUCAAGUCGGAUACAUUAAGAAUGGAAAUGACUUUUCCAAGUGACAUUGUAAAACGAGAAAGUAUCCGCAAACGCCCUGGACAAGACUUAGAACCUGGUGAAGUGCAGUCUGAUUCAGAUGAUGAUGUAGAAAACAAACACAGGUCCAAUAGCUCCUUGUCUUACAUCCUCAGGGAACGUGAUGAGAGAAUGACAGACCUGAAACUGUCAGGCUCCUUGGAAAAGAACAAGUUUUAUUCUUUUGCGUUGGACAAAACUAUAACUCCUGAUACAAAAGCACUCCUUGAGAGAGCCAAGACGCUGUAUUCUUCCAGGGAAGAUAAUUGGUCAUUUCUUCCCUCACGCUUUCCCGCCUCCCACAGCUGUUCAGAUAAAGACAAAGUAGAGUUAGCACCUCGGCCUAUUCCUUCUUGGUAUAUGAAAAAGAAGAAGAUUCGCACUGAUUCUGUGGAAAAGCUGCAUGAUAAAAAGGAGGAACUUAAACCACAAGACCAAGAGCGCCAGGAACUGUUUGCCUCUCGCUUCCUGCACAGUUCAAUCUUUGAGCAAGAUUCUCGGCGUUUGCAGCAUCUCGAACGUAAAGACCAAGAUUUAGAGACUCGAAUUGUUAGACCUUUUGGUAAGCCAGGGGCUACUGAGCCACCGACUGAAUCUGGGGGAGGUGACAUUCCACAAGAACCCACUGUGCUUUUCCACAGUCGUUUUUUGGAGCUUCAACAACAAAAGGACAAGGACCAUCCCAACCCUGAUUAUGAGAAUGAUUCAGUAGUGGCAGAGCUUAAAAUAGAUCCUGGACAGAAUUGUGAUGGUGAGCCGUCUGAUAAGGAAUCUGAACCAGUUCUAAAGGUUGAUGACAUAUCAGACAGCACACCUCUAAUGUUGUCUGUUUCACCUUUUGUUCCUUCCCCCAAAGAAAUGUCACAAGAAAAUAGGGAUUUAAUUUCUCCAUCCUCUGAUCAACCUGUGAUAAUUGUCAAAGAAGAAAAAACAGAGCCAGUUCUUGAUGUCUCGCCACCUCGUCCUCUUCCCAUGGAAGACAUCAAAUUAAUUGCUCCUAAGCUAACAGUAAUCUCUCCACUUACUGUUUCAGAACCCGAAAAGGAAAUCAAAUUGGAGUUAAAUGAACCUAAAGUAAAAAUUUGUGACAGUUUGACGAUGGAACAUAAUCCCCCUGUGGGAGUGAAGCCCCCUACUCCUGGUGGUUCCCUGAGUGUGUUUGAAAGAGAAAGUGGACAGUUAAAUUACUCUGACUAUCCAAAGAUUGAAGUCAUAUCUGAAAUCGAGACACAACCUAAAAUAGAAAAUGAGGAAACCAAACACUUUGAGGAAUCUCAGAAGACUGAGACAGAUAGUGAGGCAUGUAUGCCAGAACUAGAGGCUGAAAUGAAACCAAUACCAAACCGCAGACAGCCCAAGAGUAAAAGGGCAAAACCACUAUCAGUAUUGCGAAGCACACAGCCUCCCCAAAAUGUUGCCACUGAGAAACCUGCAACACGCAAGAGUGAACGGAUUGAUCGAGAGAAACUCAAAAGGGCCUCAUCUCCUCGUGCAGAAGCUCCAAAGACAUCGUUUGAGUCUAAAACCACAUCCAAAUCACCAAUUCAUGCUUCAGACUCUGAACAAAACCUUGAGUCUAGUUUGAUUCAUGGGAGGACACGUCGUAGGAAUGUAAGAUCAGUGUAUGCCACAUUACACGAAGAUGAACAAGCAGGAAAAGAGGUAGUUGAGUCAUCACGGUCCAUGCGCAAACGUGGAACUGACAAAGAACCAACACAGCAAGAUGUUCAAGUUCCAACCACCAACGCUAGACGAGGGCGUCCGCCAAAGAGAGGCAUCAAACGAGGUGAGGAUUCAUCACCAGCAAAAGGGGAUCAGCAGAAAAUGAUGGAAGAUGAUGCAGAGGUUAAAGACACCUCAAGUGUUAUAGAGGUGGUUAAAGCUUCUGAAGGAUGGCGUUCACCACGCACUCAGAAAAUGCAAUCAUCACACAUAACUUCAUCCACUCCAGCUAAUAAGAAAGGAAGCAGGAUAGAUAAACAGCCUGGUAGCACUACAGUGUUGGCCGACCAAGCCGAUGUGGCAAGUCAUGAUGACUCAGACCUCCAGCCUAAAGCUGAACCAGAACUGUUCAUAACAUUACCUGAAUUAACAGAAAACGCAAGUCCACCAGUGCACAGGAAGGAAAAAGAUUUAAAAGAUUCUGAUGGAAAGAAAUCUACUGAUGAUGAAAAGAUAGACACCAGCUCCUCUGAGAAAAGACGGCCCGAAAAGAGUAUUAAAAUAAAAACACCAAGGUUGAAAAGAAAUAUCAAGCAGGUCACCGAAGAUAUGUCACACAAUUUAAAGAAUCUUGAGAUCCGUGUUAGCGUUGAUGAUGUAAAAGGUUUACUUCGUGCGGAGGACAAUGCGUGUGAGUCAUUUGAAGCUCCUGCUAUCACAAAAACCAAGACAGCGGUACAAGAGAAUGAGGAAACAAAGGUAAUUGACUUCACAAAAGAAUCACAAGAGCAUGAUACAGAGGAAAAGGAUGACACUCUAUUAGAACCUGAACCUCCUGCUGAUCCAGCUACUCUCUUAGCACAACAGAUGGAAUUAGAGCAGGCAGUGGAAAAUAUUGCCAAACUUACAGUUGAGCAACCUCCUCGGCCAUAUAAGGAACCACCUCCAGAUCAACCCCCUAUAUUGCCUCCUGUUAUUGUGGAGCCAGACGUUGAGGUUGAGGAGGAAAAACGAGCUAAUCCUGCAAGUGAAACUGAACUUGCAGCUGCUAUUGAUUCCAUUACAGCAGAAGAACUUUGCGGAGAUACUGAUGGGUUCACAGCUCCUCCUACAUACACUGCUAUUGUUCCUACUCCUGAAUCUUUGAUAUCAUCUUCAUCUAAUGAGAUUAUGGAACCUGAAACACACAUGGUGAUCAACAAUAUCCUUGCAGCAGAUUCAGAUGAUGGUCCCCUAACACCCAGCCCAAAAGCAACAGAGGCUAAAGAAACUGAAGACCCCCCUCUUGAAACACCCAAGAAAACAGGAAAAGUUAGAGCAAAGACCCCAAAGAAGUCGAGAAGUCGUAAAGGUGGACCUAACAAGAAAGGUGAUAUUACUGAAGAAAUUUCCCAACCAGAGCCCUCUCCAGUCAAGCUGCCCGAGUCAAUUCCAGAAGACCCAGAAACCAUUAAUUCAAAAGCAGUCACGGUUGCAGCUGGGGUAUCUGUAGCAGCCUCUGUCGUCACUGCUGUUGCAACGUGUCGUCGUGAUGUUACAAGUGCUAUAACCGUAGACACACCGAAAGAGGCAGAACAGCCAGACGUUGAACAACCUGUACCCAAAGAAUCUGCCUUCCAUUCAGGCACAAGCAACCUCUUUAGUUGUAAAAACCAUCCUCGAGCAGCAGAACCAUCUACCCCCACUCCUGCGCGCCCACAUGCUGUAUCCCAAUUCAGUGUACCUCUGCUGCGGCCAGCCAAAAUGCCACUUACACCUGAUUGGCCUCAGAGAUCUGAAGAAAGUAGAAUCUAUGUUGCACCUUCAUGUCAUGUUACAGUGGUUACUUCCACUGUACCAACAUCGACUACACUUGGAGGAAACCCUUCAACAAAUCCUCCAAUGCCCCCCGACACCAAGGCGUCAGAUAUUGACCCAAGUUCAAGUACUUUAAGGAAAAUUUUAAUGGAACCCAAAUAUGUGUCUGCAUCAAAUAGCAAUUCUAUACCUACAACGAUCGUGACAUCUGUACUGUCAGAUCCUUUACGGAUGUCAGAGACUGAAAUACGCUCUGAUACAGUGAAUUCAAGACAGUUACGUUCAGAAGAGAGACCACCUUUCCCCAUCCAGUCCAUACACCGCAAACCGUCUCCUCUAACAGAGUCCCAGCAGAACUGUGCGGAGAAGACACAGCAUACAGUAAUUUCUCCUGCUACCUCAGUAAUAAGUCGAAUUCCAAUGCCCUAUGAUACAGAGGAAACCCCACGAAUUUCUCUAAGCAACAGAAGUAUUGGCCUAACUAUUCCCAAGCAGAAAUUUAGAUCAAAUUCCAAUGAGAAUAAUCGCUACCAUGGCAUGGAUAUAGUAGAGGAUGGAACCAGAGGGCGCUCUGUUGUUGAGCCCACACCCUACAAUACAGGCUCCAGUCCAGGCCUAAGGAUGAAUACAUCAGAGGGUGUUGUUGUUCUGAGUUAUUCAGGUCAGAAAACUGAGGGGCCCCACAGGAUGAGAGCCAAAAUUAGUCAAAUCCCUCAAGCUAGUGCUGGCGAUAUAGAGUUUCAGCAAUCUGUGUCCAAAUCUCAGAUAAAACAAGAGCCAGUCAUCACAUCAUCCCAGUCUCCUACUCCAAAAGUAGCUCCAAUUGCAUCAGCAUAUGGGCACACAGGAGUCCUCUUGACUGGCAAGUCCUACAAUGCUCAGCCUGUUAUUUCUAGUGCUAAACAGGAGAGUUUUGGCUAUGACAAAUCUGAAUCUCCAUACCACACAUCAACCCAGGGUGGUGUGGUGAAAAUGUUCCAGCAGCCAGUUAGUUCUCCUCAAGUUUUAAUGUACAACCAAGCAGUGAUACAACAGCAACACAGCAAGAGAGGACUGGGGACAGAACCUCUACCAAAAAAAAUGGAUAUUGGCAAAGCUGUUCAGCAGUCUAACCUCAGUCCAGUAAUGAGUCCACAUCAUCCAUCGCUGUCUGGAACUCGCAUGAGCCCCAGCCCAGGUGUCCAAUCUGACCGGUCAGCUCUGCAUCUUAAGCAAGAACCCCAGUCUCCUCGAACAGCUGUUCACUCUCCUUCCCCUUUUGCCAAAGCCUGUCCUCCGAGUGGUUCUCCUAUUGGAACUUCUGUUGUUCUGGGUCAUGGCAUGCAACCAAUAUCUACAUAUCAUUCUAGCAUGCACCAUCCACACUCAGAACAGUCCUCUGUUAUAAUUCAACCUCACAGUGUCACACAGUCAAUGAGUCAUGAAGCCAGGAUGAACACCCCUCCAAUUUCUGGAAUGAACUAUGGAAGGAGAGGAGACACGCUUUCCUCCCCACACACAGGACCUGCACAGCGCUCAAACACACCGCAGCCUAAUGUUAUCCGUGAAAUGGUAUUACAGUCUCAUUCAAGUCCACAACGGUCAUUGUCAGGUAGUAGCUGCAGUGGUGUAACAGAAGAAGACGGCCGACACUUUAAUCAAACCCUUAGACCAUCUGUGCCCCAACAUCAGUCCGAUGUAAUGAUGAUUCACAGUGAUCACAGAGGGCUACACUCAAGCAUACGAAUGGACCAGUACAGAGAUAUGCACCAGCGCAUCCUCAUGCACCAGCAACUGGGAGAGCAGGCCAGUGUAGAUGCAAGACAGUCACGCUCAUCAGAGUCUGGAAUAUCUACAGGCAACAUCUCUGGACCUUCUAAGAGUCCUAUUGUCGGGAAGGCAAUUGAACUUUCCACAAAAGAGUCACUCAAACCACUAGAAGGAAAGCUGAUACAUCCACCUGCCAAUGAAAGUAGAAUCCGGGGAGUCCAUUCUUCUAGUCCAGUCAUGGGGUCUCCUCUGCCUCAUGGAGUUCAGCUGAUGCAUCCAGGAGGUGCCGGCUCCUUUCCAGUGUAUCGGGACAUGCGAGGCUUCCCAUCUCAAUUUCCAGGACAUCCUUCACAGGGACACAGUCUUGCUAACAAGGGGAUUGCACCAUCACAGGUCCUUCCAGAGCCUGACCUGGGUCACAGGGGCAAAAUGUCUCAGGCACAUGGAGGAGGAAGUGAUUUGAAACCCGAGAAUUCUCACCUUCACCAUGCUACCUCGACUGACAUCUCCCACAUUUCUAGAAUACAAGGGGAUACAGUCUCACCUUCGUACCAGUCUCCCAUGACUUCCCCCAUGAGUCUUACUCACAAGGCAGAUCUGUCUCUACAGAAAGGUCCACCAGCCUUUCUAUCAACACCUCAGCCAGCAGUACCUCCAUCAAGUUCACUGCAGUCACGGCCUAACGCUAAGCUGGAACAUUCAGGACACCGUUCUGUUGACACGGUGCAACUCUUGACGAAAUAUCCUAUUGUAUGGCAAGGCCUGUUGGCACUGAAAAACGACCAGGCUGCUGUACAGUUGCACUUUGUGUCUGGCAACACCAUGCUGGCCCAGCGCUCUCUGCCACCGCCAGAGGGGGGUCCUCUCCUCCGUAUUGUCCAGAGAAUGAGACUUGAGGCUUCCCAGUUGGACAGUGUGGCACGCAGAAUGACUGUGGAGAAUGACUACUGUUUGCUGCUGGCGCUACCCUGUGGUCGAGAUCAAGAAGAUGUCCUCAGUCAAACCCAAGCCUUGAAAAGUGGUUUUAUCACUUACCUGCAAGCCAAACAGGCAGCUGGAAUCAUCAACGUACCCAACCCUGGCUCUAAUCAGCCAGCCUAUGUGGUGCAGAUUUUCCCGCCAUGUGAAUUCUCUGAGAGCCACCUUUCUCGCCUGGCACCAGAUCUUCUCAACAGCAUCUCCAGCAUUUCCCCUCACCUCAUGAUUGUCAUUGCCUCUGUUUAAUUACCUCCAUUUUUUUUUCUUGAACAAAGCCAACACCAGCCCUUUUGGACUCCAGUAAACUGGGAUUGCCUCAUAUUUUCUGAGUUUGAAUUGAAAAAAAAAAAAAAAUCUUAUUUCGCAUGCACUCGACCAUUUCUAUCUUCAAUUCACCAAGUCCUUAAAUCGCCCAGAGACGUUGAAUUCCAAAAAACUAUACUUGUGUGGAAAGGACAUGAAGGGUCAAAGGAGGAUUUUUGAUCAUUUCUGUUUACUCAUUUCAUUUUAUGCCAUUUUUGGAGGUGUUGUGCAAUGCCUUUUCUAAUUCAUAGCAUCCAUAAAGCUAUGGAUUGAGACCUUCCUAUGGGAUAUUUUUUACCUUCAUAAAAGUGAUUUUUUUUUUUUUUUAUAGAAAAAAACAAUGUGAGACGUCAUUGCACUAUGUUAGGGGAAAACGUUGUGAACUCUGUACAGGUUUGAGUAUAAUAUGAUCCAUGUUAUAGAAUGAAUCUUGUAAUCAGCCAUGCUUGCAGAAGAUAUAUGAGGAACCAUUGCCUGGAAAUUGAUCAAGAAUCUCUUCAGCCUGAUCAGUCAAACUGCAUUUACUCCCUCACCAUCAGCCAACUUCUACUUCAUUUCCAGGCUCCAUCCCAAUGAGUUCCUUGCCCCAGGAACUCAUGAGGGGACGUUAAGAGAUGUACAGUUUACACUCAAUGCCUCAACAGGGGACUAUAUAAAAAAUAUUUAAUUUGUCUAUUUUUGUUUGCAUCUUCUUUAAGCCUAAGGGUACUGUGGACAAUUGUGAAACUGUAAAUAUUAUAAAUAUUUAAAGACUGAAGCAAUGUCAAGAGACCAAGUGAAUUAUUUUACAAGAUCAUGAAAAUUUCAAUGUUUUGUUUUGUUUUGUUUUGUUUGUUUGAUGUUUGUUAGUUAAGCGAGGGCAUGGAGGGGAAUGAUGGAAAGGAUCUUUUCAGGAUCCAGGAGUGCUAUUCAUGAAAAACAUAUUUUUUAAAGUUCUGUGCCAAAACAUCUUUUGCAAACACUCACUAUGUAUCUAAAACAAAAUUUGUUCAGAACCUAUUUUCAUAUGUGACUUUGUAUUUUGCCUCAGAGGGCAGACUUGAUUCCUUUUUUGGUAUUGUUCAUCAGCCCAACUCUGUUACUACAGUGCUUUACAUUUUGUGUCCACGUUUUCAAGAAACCAUUGUAUUGUCAAUGUUCAUGUUUAUUUCGACUUUCUGUCCCUGUAGUGUGGUCCUCUACUGCCCCCUGCUGUCUGGAAAUCAUCCUGUGCAUCUUGAGGUCAUUAAGCCAUGACUUCAUGACGUCUUUACUGUAGCAUGCUUUAUUUUUUAAAUCAAGUAAAAUCAUAAAAGGCAAUGAAUGUGACUUGAACUUGACAUAAUGCCGCUAAUGGAUGUGUUGAUCAUCUGCCUCCAUCCCUUAAAUGUCUCCUUGAGCCGAGCUGUAAAUACUAUUGUCCUUAAUCUGUGCUCUUGUGUAUCUUCCCCGUUAUAAUUGUCUUUCUUCAGGGUCCUUAUGUUUGUUUUUGUUUUGUGCAGUCUGAAAGAGACGGGAGGCGAGGCGUGUGAAACCGAUGUUGAAAGUAAAAACCAUGCUUGUCAGUUUUGUGGUGUAAAUAUUUCUAUGACUGCAAGCUGAAUCCUCUCAUGGUUGUGUUGAAGGCACUUAUAAUUUUUUGAUAAACAAAUGGAAAGAAAAUACAAAAAAAAAAACACACACACACAACAACAACAACAACAGUGAUUAACAUGAAAACUGUCCUUUGAUCAAUCUUCAUUUUCAGUGUAUUUUGCUGUUCCUCCAUGAGGACAUUUUAAACUGUAAAAUAAAUUGUUGUUUAACUUACUUCUGAAGAUCAUUAAAUGGUCAGUCACUCUG